AUGCCGGCGCCGCGGCAGCAGGUCACCUACAAGCAGGCGCUGCUGGGCCCGACCAAGCGGGAGGCAGCCAUGCAAAAGAAGCUGGACGCCAUGCGAGAGGAGCUCAGGGCCCUCAAGGAUGGCAACCAGGAGAAGCCCGCGAACGAGGAGCCGCAGGAGAAGGACAGCGCGAAACCGCCUGCGGUGCAGCUCAAGCAGGCGCGCUACGCCAGGGAGAAGCUCGAGAAGGAGACCGAGUCCUUGGCCAACGACGUCAGCUGGUUCGAGAAGAGGCUGGAGGAGGCCAAAGCGAGGCUCGAGAAGAAGCAGGCGCAGCUGCAGAUCGCCAGGGCCAAGGAGCAGGAACUCAAGGUGCAGGACUUCGGGGCCAGGGAGUCACCGGCCUUCCUCACGGCCAUGCAGAAGCAGUUCGAGGGCGCGGUCGACGGCACCGGCAUCAGCAAGCAGGAGUACGAGCAGGUCUUCACGGUGCUGGGUAAGGUCCUGGCGAAUGACAAGCAGGAGGACAUGUACAUGGAUGUUGAGAGUCCUGCCUGGCCGAGCACGCAGCCAAGAGGCAGAAGCGUUCCUGACAAGCGCGUCAGGAAGCCCAAGCAUGACACGGCCACGCUGUGGACGUACAGUGGCUCGGGCUGGGGCACGAUCAAGGACGAUCUCAUGGAGGAUAUGCAGGGGCUGCAGUGCUGCGCAGUGCAGGGGCGCCACCUGGCCACGGACAAGCUGGCGGUGGCCACGCAGAGCAUGAAGAUGCAGGGGUACCACAUGGGCAGGCACAUCGGCCUGGGUGGCGCUUGCGGUGCCGAAGAGAGUGGCAUGGCCUACUUGUGCGGCAAGGGCGACUGGGGCAUCUCGCCGAAUGCCAGCCCAGGUAGGACUGCGGCGGCGUGGCUGUCGAUCGGGAAGGGCGUGGUGCUCGCCGCCGUGUACUCGUGGACGGCGGAGGGCGUGGCGUACAGGAACACGCAGCUCAUCGCGCACGUGAUUGGGAAGCUGCAGAGCCUGGGGGUGCCGUGGGUCAUUGAGGCCGGGCUAACGAUCAAGCUCAAGUUCGUGGGGCGCAUGGCCAGGGUGCUGGAAAAAAAAGCCCAGGGCGCCACCAGAGGUGCAGAUAGGGCGCGCGCGCCCGCGCCCCCGAGCUACGAGCGCGCGCAGGAGUUCAAGACGCAAGAGCAGGCAAAUGUGGCGUGGACCAAGUGCAUGCGGGUUCUGGAGCAGGAGGCUUUCCAGGACAGAGGUAUGCAGUGCGCGGAGGACGACCCGCGCGCGGGGCGAGCAGAGGGGCCGAAGUGGAGGAUCAAACCGUUCAAUUUUGGUGGCGAGAACGUUCCCGCGGCAGCGAGGGAGGCAACGUGGUGGCGGCGGCUAACGCGGCCCCUGCAUGGACUGCAAGGCACGCACCUGCGGUGGGGGAAAGCGAAGGAGCAGGACAUGGUGCAGAAGAGGUGCCGCGAGAUGAGAAGCCGGGAAAAGUGGUUCCAGGUCAGGCCCAGGCGCAUGACGUACAUCCGCGUCGAGGAGCAGGGUAUCUGGCAGGCGCGGCGUGGCGUGAUGCCAGCUGGGCAGCGGCGAGGAGGGGGUGAGGGGGCGAACUUCCAGAGCUGGAUGCAGGAGGCGGAGAGCAAGAUGAAGGCGGUAGACCAGAGGCUGCUGCGAGAGAGGAAGGCGAAGUGGGCUGAUAAGCUGGAGAUAGUGGCGGCUGAGUACACCUUGGAGGAGUGGAAGGUCGUCUGGAGGGUAGGCGAGAAGAUGCAGGAGGGGCCGAGGCCAUGGGAGCAGGGGCCGAGGCAGGAGCUCGAAGACAUCAAGGAGGAGGAUACCGACAGGCCGAAGGAGGUGGCGCGCACCUUCAGGAGACGCGCGGGCCUUGGAGUGGACCGAUGGCGUCCUUCCGUGCUGCAGGGCGCGUGCGAAGAGGCCUGCAGCAGAUUGCUGGACAUCCUCAGGGUGGUGGAGUGCGCCUUGAUCUGGCCGGUCCACAUGGCCACGGUCCUCUUCUGCAUAGCCCCGAAUGCCUUCACCACCGACAGGGUGAUUGGGUUGCUGCCGACCAUCCGCGCGUGGGAGAUCAUGAGAGAGCCGUGCGUGAUCAAGUGGGCGAAGGAGCACCAGAGGAGCCGGGGCUGCACUAGCCACGAGAAGGCAGCAGAGGACGCCGCGUGGGAUGUACUACUGAGCCACGAGAUGGACAAUCCCGACAACGAGAGUGAGGAGUCGGAGGCCACGAUCACCGCGGUGCUGGACAUGGGCAAGGCUUUCGAAAAGGUGAGCUUGCACGUUCUGUCGGAGGCGGGCAAGCAGUUUGACUUCAACGCGGGAGUGCUAGCGGUGGUGUGUUCGUACUUCGCGAUAGCGAGGAGGCUCAUAGCGGGGGAUUCAGUGUCGAGCGAGACCAGCACGGCGGCCGCGAUCAUAGCUGGAAGCAAGUUUUCGGUGUGCUUCCUGAAGAUGGUCAUCCAGUCGGCGGUCGAUGGCUUAGUGGCGGAGAGGACGGUGGCGAAGGACAUUGCGCGCAGAGGGCUACCAGUAGUGAGAGCCCGCCCGUGCCUCGGCGUGGACCUCGUCGCGCACGGGGCGGUGGUGAAGGCGAAGAGUGGGAAGCGGUGCAUGGGCGUGCUCGGCAGGGGCAGGCGGCUGGCGAACCUGAAAGGGGGAGGCCGCAAGGUGGCCAAUGGGACUACGCUGGCUUUCAAGCGCGGCUUGAAGAGGUCGGUGCUGUGCGGGUGCAAGUGCAUUGGGAUGCCAGAUCAUCAGCUUCGGCAGCUGCGACGCGAAGCAGGACGAUCACUACCGGGAGGACGGGGAGCCAAGAGCCUGACGCUGCAGUUGGCACUGGCAGGUGAGGAACCCACACUUGAGGUCACGGAGGCGUCCAUCAUCCGCUGGGCGAGGGAGGUCUGGCAAACAGCGCAGGCCAAGGAGGUGAACCAGCAGUGGGGCAGCGCGGAGUCCAUGAUGGUGAAGGUGUGGAGGCGACAGCAGCAAGAGGUCGGGAUGAAGCCGGUGUGGGCGCAGGUGCGAGGGCCAGCAGGAGCAGUUAUCAUGUCUUUGAUGCGCGCGCAGUGGUCAUGGCCAGCCUGGCGCACGGUCAUCGCCAAGACAGGCUGCGCCCUGGACGUGCGGGAGGCGCGCCCUAUGGACGUGGCGGCGAUGCUACGAAACGACGACGUGCAGCAGCAGCUGUGGGAGGCCUGGACCAAGGAGGAGGAGCGCGCGUGCUUGCGGCCUGCGCCGGUGGUUGUGCCUGCGGUGGCACAGCUGAAGGCGCGCGAUUUCCCCGGGCACGCCAAGAAUGCAGUGAAGAAAGCUUGCGUGAGCCGGAGCUGGACAAUGGGCAAGCUGGGCCAGUGCAGCAUUGCGCCGGCAGACAUAUGCUCGGCGUGUGGCUUGGCGGAGGGUGCUUCACAUCACAGGUGUAAGUGCACGGCCUUGCGGGAGCUGUGA